AUGUCGUCGCCUUCAGCCACGGCGCCCAGCCAGGGCGACGCGCCACAGACGAGGCAGUCUGCCAUCUACAAAAUCAUCAUGACUCCUGUCAUCUUCGUCUCUUUCCUUUUCUCGCUGGCGUGGGUUGAGUUCCGCUACUCACUCAUGCGGUCCCACUUCCAUUCAUCCACACAGAGCUGGAUGCCCGAUUGGAUUCAUCACAUUCUCUACCGUGAGGCUCCGUAUCAAUAUGUACGAGCCGAUCCGAAAGAUCCGAGAACGCCGACGACUGAGGCAGGAGGGUCGAGGUGGUACUACCGCACCAAGCAGCGGAAGCUUUUGAAGAUGGAAGUCGAGGAUGCUUUCCGUAUACGCGGAUCGGUGCUCGUGGUGCUGGGACUGCUCGCUGUGGGUGGAACCUGGGCAGCCUGGCGCGCGGUCUGUUGGGCGUGGACUGCCCUCACCGCGAAAUACAGCUGA